ACGGAAGGGGCUGAAGAUACCUCAAUCUAACGCAGUUCAGACGCAUUGAGAUAGUUUUACCGUUCCUCUCUGAUGCACCAUACCAUAAAGUCAAAUGGUGCGAUCUCGUAUUCUAAUGCUGCCUAUGCUAUGGCUUCCUUUGCUAUUUUGGUUGAAUGACGUUCUCGGCCAGACAAAGGAGCAAAAAGAUUUUGACUUGAACAAAACACCUCCUCCGGAAGAUAGCUCAGAGGAUGAAGUCAUACAUUCACACCAACCGAUGGAAAAUAAAGCGAUCGAUGUGCCAACAACGAUAGAAGCAAAAGUGAAUCAGAGCAAAAAGAAACGAAAGCGUAAAUCAGAAACCAUUACAAAAGACCGAGCCGAACGAAAAAAAGUCCACGAUCGUGAAAUGGCUAGAGAAAGACGAAAAGGUAUUCGUGAGCGUAGACUAGCAGGUACACUGACUGAAAGUGAUAAAAGAUCACUUGAACGAUUAAAAGCAGAAAAAAAGAGAUACGCUGAGAAACAUAAAGAACAUUUGGCAAAGUACAAUUCGAAUUAUCGUCGUAAUCAUUUGAGUGAAUGUGCCGCUAAAAGUAGAAGAUGGAGAAGUAGAAAUCCUGGGAAAAGCAAGAGAAGCGAGUAAAAUUCAUAUCAUAUUAGAAAGCA